GCGGUGGCGCGCUUCCCGGAACAGCCCGGGGAGGGCAGCGCGGCGAGAACCCACCCGCGGCCGGAGCUCCCGCGCGGACAUGGCCGCGGGAAUCGGGGCGCGGGCAGCGAUGGCCACGCGCGCCUGACAGGUGCGGAGCAUGUACGGCAAGGCGAGCAAGGGCUGCGCGCCCUCGGAUGGGCAGGCGCGCGAGAAGCUUGCGCUGUAUGUAUAUGAGUACCUACUUCAUGUGGGGGCACAGAAGUCGGCGCAGACCUUCCUGUCUGAGAUCCGUUGGGAAAAGAACAUCACAUUGGGUGAGCCUCCUGGCUUCCUGCACUCCUGGUGGUGCGUCUUCUGGGACCUGUAUUGUGCGGCACCAGACCGCAGGGAGGCCUGUGAACACUCCAGUGAGGCCAAAGUCUUCCAGGACUAUAGUGCAGCAGCAGCUCCCAGCCCUGUGAUGGGUGCCAUGACCCCAAACGAUGCAAUGGCAGCAGGUCCUGUGGCACCAGGCUUCUUUCAGCCCUUCAUGUCACCACGGUUCCCAGGGGGUGCCCGCCCAAUCCUAAGGAUGCCAGGCCAGCCUCCUGUGGGCCUCCCUGGCUCCCAGCCCCUCAUCCCGGCUGCCAUGGACCCCUCCCCACGCGUGCAGGGACACCCCAGCCUGGGAGGCCCGAUGCAGAGGGUGACCCCUCCAAGAGGAAUGGCCAGUGUUGGGCCCCAGGGCUAUGGAACUGGCAUGCGGCCCCCACCCAACUCCCUUGCCACCAGCCAGGUCCUGCCGUCCAUGAACAUGGGUCCGGGAGUGCGUGGCCCAUGGGCCAGUCCCAGCGGUAACUCGAUCCCGUACUCUUCCUCAUCUCCUGGCAGCUACUCGGGACCCGCAGGAGGAGGCGGAGCCCCUGGAACACCCAUCAUGCCCAGCCCCGGAGACUCCACCAACUCCAGCGAGAACAUGUACACCAUCAUGAAUCCCAUCGGGCCGGGCGCUAGCAGGGCUAACUUCCCGCUCGGCCCCAGCCCGGAGGGCCCAAUGGCCUCAAUGAGCACGAUGGAGCCACACCACGUGAACGGAUCCCUGGGCUCGGGCGAUAUGGACGGGCUGCCGAAGAAUUCCCCCGGCGCCGUGGGCGGCCUGAGCAACGCCCCGGGGACCCCGCGCGAUGACGGCGAGAUGGCGGCUGCCGGGACCUUCCUGCACCCGUUCCCGAGCGAAAGCUACUCCCCCGGCAUGACCAUGAGCGUGUGAUAGUCCCGGCCUGAGCCCAGGGUCCUGCUGGUGAGGUCUCGGGUCGCGGCAGCACCCCUGCCAUCCGGACUCCUGGCUAGCCCGGCCGGCCGGCAGGGCCCCCACGAAGGACUUUUAUCAUUUUCUAAACACACAUAUACACACACAAACUCAAAGGACCUCAGAGAAGUGCAGGCCUUCGGACCUGUGUGCACACAGGGCUGGGGGGUGGGGGCAGGGGUUCUGCCAAUAAAUGCCAUUCCGUUUUGA